UACUUGGUCAUUCUGCCAACAACACCGCAUGAUUUGUGCACUGCAGGCAAAGUAAAACAAUUGAAUGUAUUAAAUCCUCAGUGGAAUGGACGAUGAGGAUGAUCCCAUUGUGGAGGAAAUACCAGUAUUUCUGUCAAAGAACUUGCAGGACAACCUAUACCUAUUUCAAUACCCCACAAAAACCGAGCUACUUAAUCACGACAAUGCCGUCAUCGUCAACUGCUGUGUGAAGCCGUUUACGCAGGAAGUCAAAGUGGAUUUCGCUCUGAACAUUGAGUCUAAACACUUUGAUCGUUUCAAAGGCGAACAAUUCGCUGUAGCCGCCGAUGGCAAGAACAAUCUCGCUAAUGCCACACUCAAAGGCUCUGAGAGACCCACCUACAAGCGUGGCAUCAUGGAUAAGCAGGCAUUCACCAGCACGCGUUCCCUGACAGACAUCUCGAAGUAUGUGGUGGGCAUUUACACAGACAAGGAGAUGCACUUGUCCCCGCUGGCUAGUAUUGUGCAAUUGCGCCCCUCGCUGAACUACUUCGAUAAGGAAGACAAGCGUCGCAAGGCGGAGCAAAAGGCGCAGUCGGAGGAUCUGGAUGAUGAGGAGGUGGCGCAGCAAGUGACCGUCAAGUUUGCACGCGGCACUGGCGCUGGUGCAGCUGCAAAAAAGUCCAAGGAGCAGCGCGGCAGCUACGACAAAUUCGUGCAGCGAAUCGUGGACGAGCCGUGGUGCGAGAGCUAUUGGCAUGCGCGGGACACGCCCACAGCGGAGCUCGAGCGGCAGAAACUGUACAGCACCAACCAUCAGUCUAAUCAGUCGCUAUCACUGCCGCCCAGCGAGUAUCUGUGCAAGUUGCUGCCGCACGACGAGCACGUCCAACAGGUGGACACGGCCAAUGUGGUGCCCGUCUACAACAAGGCAAUGUUGAAGACUUUACCGCUGCUAGAUCAGUUGCGCGUGCUCCUUAAGGAUGCCAAAAUACUCUCGUUCUCUGACGUGCUGCAAAUCCUCACGGAGCAUAUCGAUCCGCAUGUCAGCGCGGACAAGGUGCUGGCGCUAUUACCUCAAGUGGGAAUCCUGUUGCACGGGAACUGGGUGCCCAAAUCCGAGGUGGUCUAUCCCGAAAAGAUACUAUCACAUGCCAAUGGAGUCUCUGCAGAGCAAAUGAUACGUGCCCGGGAUUACAUACUUUACAGAUUCUCGCGUACUCCGUUCCUGUAUCGUAAUCAAAUCAUGACUGCUACGCAGUUGCCCCCCGCUGAGACCUUGGAUGUGCUGAGCACUGUGGCACGCGUUAAUUCCACGAAGCGCUGGGAACUUCUCCUUCCGCCGGACAAGGAGUUUGAGCAAAAGCAUGUAGAACUAGUUCAACGACAGGAGCUGCAUUGGCGCGCCACGGAGCAGUUUUACAAUGAAAUGGAUUGGGCAAAGGAGACGAAGCGCGUGCGCAAGCGCUCCACGCGAAAAAGCGAAUCCCAACAGCAAACCACUAUGACAAUGCCGCCUCCUACAGCACAUCUCUCUACAGAAGCGUAGCGUCAGUUCCAAAUAAAAUUU